AUGGCGAUCAAGCACAACAACCAGAUUCAGAAGAACCACUUCCGCAAGGAUUGGCAGAAGCGUGUUCGCGUGCACUUCGACCAGCCCGGCCGUAAGCACCGUCGUCGUGAGAACCGUCUCGCCAAGGCUGCUGCCGUUGCUCCCCGCCCGGUUGACAAGCUGCGUCCCGUUGUGCGAUGCCCUACCGUCAAGUACAACCGCCGUGUCCGUGCCGGCCGUGGUUUCACCCUGGCUGAGCUCAAGGAGGCCGGUAUCCCCAAGAAGCUCGCUUCCACCGUCGGUAUCUCCGUUGACCACCGCCGCACCAACUACUCCAAGGAGUCCCUGGUCGCCAACGUUGCCCGUCUCCAGGACUACAAGGCCCGCCUGAUCCUCUUCCCCCGCAAGAGCGGUCAGUUCAAGAAGCUCGACUCCUCCGUUGAGGACGUCAAGGCUGUCAAGGCCACCCUUGCCGAGGGCAAGCGUGAGGGUAUCGUUGCCAACGUCAACGCCACCUUCCCCAUCACCAACCCCGCUGAGGAGAACGCCGUCACCGAGAUCAAGCGUGCCGAUCUUCCCAAGUCCGAGGGCUCCGUCUACCGCACUCUCCGUGACGCUCGCUCCGAGGCCCGCCACAAGGGUAUCCGUGAGAAGCGCGCCAAGGCCAAGGCUGAGGAGGAGGCCAACGCCAAGAAAUAA